CAUCAUCAUCAUCAUAAUCAUAAUCAUAAUCAUCAUCAUCUAUUGUUAGGCCUACGGUACCUGUCGAGAAAACAUAAAUGAUGUGUUUUGUUUUGUGUAAACCUAAGAGGACAGAAUUUUGAUUUGGUAAAAAAACAAACAAUGUGAAGUCCCCAGAGUUGUGGUUCUUUCCGGCAGUGGUUCAGAGUUCAGUGAUUUCCUGCUUUUCCUUACAUUACAUUCAUCAAUUCCUUGUUAGGUGCGAAGUGUGUCCCUGCCCGUGGGACAGUGUCCAAUGGGCGAGACGAAAAAAACAAUGAUAGAUUUGAAAAUACAAACAUUCCAGGGCUUGUAAAAUCUCUUUUGUUGCGACGCCUUUUGUGGAAAGACUUUGUAAGAUGAAUUUGGUUAACGGCUUGAUCUUUGCCUGUACCCUGGCCCUGUCACUGGUGGUUGUAUCAGUUGGGCAAGAUUUAUCUCAGACUCAGAGCCAUAAUUUUCCUGUGGACUUACAACAAGUAACCCUGGGAAAUGUUGAAGAUUGUGGACAGUUUGUGGAUAUGAAGGCUCAGAAGAAGUACAGUCUCACCAUGAACCUCACGUCUUCAAUUUCAAUUUGCGGAACUGUCCCAAGCUCCGAUGGUCCAAUGGGAUUUGAAUGUCAAAUAACUUUCAACUAUGAGGACGUUUUCUCUCGAACAGGGAACCGGCUAUGUGUGGAUGUACAAGGGAUUCCGUCAUCUUUUGGAAAUAGGACACAGCUGCGGCUUGUUGUCGGUGACAAUUUGAAGACUGUGAACAGCUCUAGCCUACUGAAACCAAAAUCAGAACCCUACUACGUAUGUGCCAGUCCAACAAGCAAAAUCAUUUCCCUGUCACUGCUUGUGAGGAAGUCGGUGCCCAUGUGCAGGACUGGCCUAUAUGGGGCUCCCUCCAUCACGCAAACUCUGGUGGGUAACCCUGUCAGAAUGGGGACAGUGACCCUGAGGGAGGAUGUUCCGUCUUAUGAUCUACUUGAAGAGCAUUGUGGUCAAUCAUACCUUAUUCAUGGUGAUCACUACUUCAUCAAGUUUGACCAGAGCCGGUUUUCUCUAAAGCAAUGCCAGGGCAACGUGACACACGCGUUGGGCUACUCCAAGAGCCAAGGUUGUCUUCAGCUGCAAUACCUUAGUCAAAAUUACGGAUGUGAUGUCUCCAUAUCCCUGGGCCAGAAGAUUGGUAACUGGAUACGGUUCACUGUGCCUCAAGGCGGACGGCUGCGAUACCCUUCUCUACCUUUGUGCGGCACAUUUUUCCACACCGAGGGUGAUGUCUUGCUUACAAUAAAGAAGAAUGGUUCCCCUUGUGACGGACAGUUUGUGAUAGGAGUAAACUUCACUGAAGUGGAAGAUGGUGAUAAUGACAAGAAGGACGAUGGCAAGGACGAUCUCCGUCACCUGUACAUGGCGGUGUUCAUCACCCUCAUCGCUGUGUGUCUCCUCAUCCUGGGACUCACCUGCGUUUGCUGUCUCAGAAUGCGAAACAAGAGAGCCAGACAAGCAGCUCGACGACUGCGGAGCAGAACAAGUGCCAAUGCAAGUGACAACGAGGGAUUCCAAACAACAGUCCCGUAUGAUCCGUCUUUGUCUGCUGUUUUUUGGAAUCCUGAUAACCCUGGCCAAGUCUUUGGACUGCCAACAUAUGAAGAAGUCAUAGGACAGAAUUCAGGGGUGAAUCCAUCCUCAGAUGGCAACAAAGACGACUUGCCGCCAACCUAUGAGUCUUUGUAUGUCUCAGACUCCUAGAGGUCAACAACACAAUGUUGCAUAAGAGCUUGAUGGAAUGUUUAGAAAGGAAUAGAGAUAUUAUAUUUGUAUUUUCCAAAGCCAAUCUUUAACUUUAUGACUUUUUGAGUCUGGGGUAUGAUUUUGGUGGAUAUUUCCAUACUCCAGGGAGUGUUUGAUUUUCCAAACAUUCCUUGGUGUUGAAAAACAGAUUGUGUUAUGUUUAAUCGACAAAAUGAACAUAUGUUUUAUAGUUUUUUCUGAUACAUUCUUGAAAUUUUGCAAGAUUCCAGUGUGAGGUCAGAAACAAUAUGGAUUUGAGUCCUUCUGUACAUUCGCAGUGUUGUGACUUGAAGCUGCAUUUUUAUCAAAUUGUCUUGAAUGCACACUGUUAAUUCUGUUUUAUGCAGUUACUACAGAUGAUCACAUUUUAUGAUUCUACCUUCCACUAAGAUGAGUUUGCAUCUUUCUGUUUUGCAACUUUGAUUUAAUGAAUGAGGAAGACCAAUCGGAUAUACCUUCCAUGCUGCCUCAUAGAUUUAUGUAGUUUACAUUAAUUGUGGACCUUCAUGGGAAAGAAGAAAAGCAAGCUCCUUACUACAAGUCUAACUGCUCCAUAUUCAGGAAAUUUAUUGAAGAUUGAAGGUUCACGUGUAUGCUUAGAAGAGGGCAUGACUAUCACCUCUGACCAUGAGAAAGAGUGAGAGACAGGUAUAAAAGGUUGUGAGUAGGGGUCCCUCUUGCUUGUUGCAUAGUUUAACUCUUUAUCUCCGGCAAGCCGCUCCCAGCUGCCCGCUGUCAGCACCGCUGUGCCGGUGAGCCGCUGACAGCGGCUCGGCCACGUUCUCUUAUGUCGACUUCGUCAUCAAAUUGCUUUUCGGCAGUUUCCAAAGACAGGUCUCUUUUACCGUGAGUUCAUUCAUUAGAUGAAAAACUAUCAAAAUAGGUUCACUUGUUUUAAUUUAAUGACCAAUUUAGUGACAUAUGUCACUUUUGCUUUUACAUUUCGUAUAGAAAAAGGGCCCAGGCAUAGUGAAUUUACCCCUCUCAGAGGUAGAGAGUAAAGCUUCCCGGAGCAAUUACACACUUCUGAUUUCAACCUUCAGUUAACUUUUCAGUGCCCUUGCUCAAAUUCACAGGUUGACCGUUUGACCUACUCUGCUGUGCCCAUUGAUUUGUCUUUAUUUGUAAAAGGAAAGGAUGAGAUGUUUCUGAAGAGUCAGUCAGUGUAGUCACUGUUUUAUGAGUCUUUCAUUACUGUAUGUUACCUUUUUUUUGUCAGUUUUGUUUGCUUCUACUAUGUUACUUAAAAAUUAAGAGAUGGAACACUAUCUUUUAUGCUGGACUGUUUUUGUGGACCUUUAUUCAAACUUGAUCAUCUGCAUCAUAUGAAAAUGAGGAAAUUAUUUACAUACAGUAAAAUUUAUUGGUUGGAUUGUAAAAAAUGUCCUAUUGCUAAAUGGCCCUGAUUGGAGCUGAAGGUUGAAUUUGGUACAUUACGGUUUUAACUCUUGCCUCACAUUCAUUUUUCCACACACUGAUUUUUUUAACAGGGUGAAGAGCUAUGAGAUAAUAUUCUUUUCAUACUAGAAUACCACGAAAAUGUUUAAACAACAGGGUGGAGUCUGACUGGCCAACAGAAUGCAAAGUAGGGAAUGUAGAGGGUCAUGUUUAGAAAAGUUAUUUGGAUAAACAAUUUCAUGCACAAGGCCUUUCAGUCAGUGAGUCAUCAGAGCUAUGCAAUGGGUAGUUUUGGAGCAUUUUUGUGUUUGAAAUCAAAGAUAUAUGCUGUUUUUCCUUGUGUUCCUGUGACUCUGAUUCUUGUCACUCUCAUGUUUGAUGAUGCUGUAAUGUUAUGUAAUCAUUCCCGGUUUAUACAGGCUUUUAUUCUUGAAACGAAAGUUCUACCUGUGAUCUUCGCAUAUAAAUUUCAAAACAACAACGUAUGCUUAUGAAAUAUGUGCAUUUAAAAAGCUUGUUAGAAAACGCAUUGGGGAAACUGCUUGGCUCAUUGUUCUCCUGGUUUUGUUUUUCUUCUCCCUGCCACUGCGUUGGGCAUGUUACACGCUUACAGUUGGAACGAAACUGUUCAACUGUUCUACCUCAAGAUGAUCCUCCAUCCUCUGAUAUAUUCUGCAGGGUUAUUUCGAGAUAACUUCAGCAAAACGAUGUCAUAAUUUAUUUUUUUUUCAUUUAAAUAAAGUAGCCGAUGAAAUAAGUGUUGAAAGCACAUAGUUGGCUAAUUUUGAUGCAUGUACACAAAUUUAAAAUUGGAAUUUAUUUUCUAGAUUAUGUGAAUACUUUAUUACAGACUCUGUAAUUCCAUGAGUUGUCAGGUUAUUCUGCAAAUCAUCAACUUUGAGUCCAGCCUUAGGUCUAGAGCAGACAAUAUCGGUUUAAAAAUAAUUGAGUGUAGUACUGCAAACCUCAUGUUUGUAAAUUACUUGUUUCAUGAGACUAUUGAUUCAAGUCGUGGAUGUAGGCUUACUUCUAAUAGUUUGCACACUGAGUAUGAAUAGUUAACUUGGCAGGAGCAUGCCAUGCCGCAGGGAAUUUAUUUCAUAUUGCCAGUCAUUCUCUCUUUUUGCCAUUUGUAUCAUAACAGCCAGGGGCUGACAGAUCUGCCGUAAGCUGACAAAACGCCUUUUUAAAUAUUUUUGGCGCUAACAUUUUUUAUUUGCUAAAUCGAAAGCCUGAUCAUUUCCCUUACUUGUGUAA